AUGCCUAAGCGACGCCGAACUUCGGACCCAGACUCAGAGGGAGAUGGGAGCGAUUUUGAGGGGUCAAAGUCUGGCGAGGAUUCGGACUUUCAAGACGCGUCUUUCAGCAAGAAAACGAAGAAGAGGGUCAAAAAGCAGCACGUGAAGAAGAAGGGCGUCGUCAGACCACGCUCCGUAGACGUGGACGAAGUGGACACGGAUAUCCAGAUCCAUAUAUCUACUCAUUCUAAAUCAACUCACAUUAUCAGCUCACCAGGGCCAAUGCGCGUCGCUCUUCUUCGCUGGUAUCGAACUGUGCAUGAUACUCGUCGCAUGCCCUGGCGAAAGCCUUACAAUCCUUCUUGUGGUGCGGAAGAACGCGCACAAAGGGCCUAUGAGGUUUGGGUAUCGGAGAUCAUGUUGCAACAAACACAAGUCGCGACAGUUAUACCUUACUACACUCGCUGGAUGGAGAAGUAUCCCACUAUACGCCACCUCGCAUCCGCGAACGUCGACCAAGUCAAUGCGCUUUGGAAAGGUUUAGGAUAUUAUAGUAGGGCAAGUCGGUUACUUGCUGGUGCUCAAAAGGCCAUACAAAAAUAUGGGGGAAGAUUGCCCGACAAUGCGAAGGAGAUGGAGGCCAAUAUACCUGGAAUCGGCCGAUAUAGUGCGGGUGCUAUUUGUUCGAUUGCCUAUGGCGAGAAAGUUCCUGUUUUAGAUGGUAAUGUUCACCGUCUUCUGAGCAGGGUCCUUGCUCUUCAUGCGCCCCCAAAAGCUAAGUCAACCCUCGACAUACUCUGGGACGCGGCAACUGUUAUGGUGCAAAUUGAAGAGGCCGAUACCACGUCGCCACCCCAGUACGCAGGCGACAUCAAUCAAGCGUUAAUCGAGCUGGGGAGCACAGUUUGUAAGGUUCGCGAUCCCGAGUGCGGAACCUGUCCGAUUCAAAAUUGGUGCUCAGCAUACCAGAAUUCGGAACCCAAGGAGAGUGCAAAGGAGGACAACACCCAUAUGGUGGACAUAGAAGAUAUUUGCGGCUUGUGUGAACCGCUUACCGGCGCCGGGGUAAUGUCCUACCCUAUGAAGACUGAACGUAAGAAAGCCAGAGAGGAAUUAGACAUCGUCAAUGUGGUAGAAUGGCGACCAAUCCAGAAUUCUGAUGAAAGAUGGUUUUUGUUUAGGAGGCGACCAAGCACAGGGCUUUUAGCAGGUCUCUAUGAAUUUCCUACCUCUCCCGCGGUAUCGAAGCCCAUCAGUCAUGAUGCGCUCAAGCACAUCCCGUACAACUUGAUUUCUCAGGUUGUCCAGGAUGCAAGAGUCUUUCCUCUCAGCACUCAUGCCCAAAAGAGCGGAGAAGAUCUUGAGGAUGACUGUGAGGAUCUUCACCUUCGCAUAUCGAAAAUAAAAGUUGCCGGCGACGUGGUCCACCUUUUCUCACAUGUGAAGAAGACAUACAGGGCGCAAUGGGUUCUCCUAGAGGGUGGCUCGACGCCACCUACCCUGAAAUCAAAUUUAGAGGUGGAGAUACCAAUUAAAAAGUCCGGAAAGCGGAAAACUUCGCCCGCGACAGGCGGCCCCGAUACGGAAUCGCCUGCACAUGCAAUGUGGGUACUUUUAGAUGAUGUCGCUGAUGUCAAUAUGGGAACUGGGGUCGCUAAAGUGUGGAACUUAACACAAGCGUUGUGGGGAAAGAAUAUCGACAGAGAUUGA